GCACGCAGUAUAAUACUGUAGGGAAAAAAACAGAUUUCUGAUCAUUUUAAAAACAAAUGUUGAAAUCCAUAACCGUUGUCUUGCAUGAAAUAAUUUUGAAUUAUAAGCAAAUUAUAGUCUAUUGUGAUCCUACACCGCUACGUUCUGAUUAAUACUAAUGACUUCUGUACACCAAAGAACUACCUAGCCGGAACCCAUGCUGUAUCGUCUCCCUGGGAUUCAGGGAAUGUUUUCUGUGCAACACGAAGCUGUGUACUCUAGGUGCUUUGUAUUAUGGCUGGAGCAGGGGAUGGGAAAGUUUUCGUUAACCGGAAGUUUGAGUCGGAAACUGAAAUAGAGGAAAAACGCCAGAAAAGACAAGAAGAAUGGGAGAAAGUGCGUAAACCCGAGGACCCAGAAGAAUGCCCGGAGGAGGUGUAUGACCCUCGAUCUCUGUUUGACCGGCUGCAGGAGCAGAAGGAUAAGAAACAGCAGGAGUACGAGGAGCAGUUCAAAUUCAAAAAUAUGGUGAAGUGUCUGGACGAAGAUGAAUCGAAUUUCCUGGAUGAGGUUUCCAGGCAACAGAUGCUGGUAGAGAAGCAGCGCAGGGAUGAAGAUCUGAAGGAAUUGAAUGAAUACAGAAGCACUCUCUCAAAACUGACAGCAAAUACCGAAACCAGGAAAGAACCAGAGAAGAAAGCGGCGACUAAAUCAGCGGAGAACAAGAACACAUUCUCUCAGGCCAAGCUUCUGGCAGGAGCUGUCAAACGCAGGAGUUCAGACACAUCAGACAGUGUGAAGAAACAGAAGUUAGAAACAAACAAGGGCAGCAGCCACCGAGGGAGCGAGGCGGUGGGGAGGGGCUCAGGUGCUGGCUCUGUGGUGCACCGCGUGGGCAUCCUGGUCCAGGUUCUGUUUAAUGAGCUGCUGUGUCUGUCCUCAGGGAGCGAGGCGGAGGGGAGGUUCUUGGGCGCUGGCUCUGUGGUGCACCGCCCCUCUGUGGCGGUGUGUGUGGGCAUCCUGCCGGGCCUGGGGGCCUACUCAGGAAGCAGCGACUCCGACUCCAGCACAGACAGCGAAGUUUGACCCACGGCAGAAAACCGAAGAUUUAACAUCGCUUUUGCAGAGAGAUAAUGUGACUGAAGGAUGCUUUAAGUACACUGUGGACUCAACCAAGCGGAAGGCAUACCAGGCUCUCAAAUGUCACAUCUUAAUGUUCGGCACAAAUGUCAAGGUUUAUUUAGGUAGAGGGGUUUUUCAAACUCUACAGCACAUAGAGAAAGCGCGAACGGCAAGAUUUUGUUUCAUAUAAAAAAUAAGUUAACGUUAUGGCUGUAAGUUACGUGGCGAUUUUGAAAGCUGAAAAUAAAUACUUUUUGAUUUA